AUGUCAACAUCUUCCUCUCACCACCAUCCAUCGAUUCGAAUGGAAGAUAGGAUUAGCCCCCUUCCGGACUUAGUUCUCUCUCACAUUCUCUCUUUUCUCCCAACCAAAUCCUCCGCGGCCACAUCCAUUCUCUCCAAGAGAUGGAAGCCAUUGUGGCUCUCAGUUCUUGAUCUUCACUUCAACGGCAAAAGCUUCUUCAACAACUAUAUCACCAUUCGCCAUGUCUUAUACCUAGUCAUGCUGUCCCGAGAUGUUUCCUUACCAAUACGAUCACUAUCACUCUGCCUCGAGGAUUGUAAUGGAGUCAACAUCAACGACAUUAACCGUUUGGUUAAUGUAGCAUUAAAUCGAGGAGGAAUUCAAACCCUAGAACUUAUUAUGUGUCUUCCUUGGCCCAAUGAUCAUCUUGUAAAUAAGUUAAAUAUUAACAUUUUUAAUUGCAAGACACUCACGGUUCUCAAGUUGAAGAAUCUACGUCUCAUUGAUCUUCCUCACCAAGUACAUAUUCCUCUGCUUAAGAUUCUUCAUUUGAUUAGAGUAAUGUUCAAGGAUUACAAAGAAAUUAUUAAGUUUCUAUUAGGCUGUCCCAUUCUAGAGGAUUUGCAAACUCUUAUUACAUGUUUAAUUCCUUUCGUUAAUCCUCUAUUAUGCACUAUUCCAUCUGGUGGAUCGAUUCAAUACUUGCCCAAUUUAGUGAGAGCGGGUAUUUUUGCAAAUCUAAAUAUUCCUUUCUUUCUGUUUUCUGGUGCACAGAUUCUCAGAAUUAAUCUGAUGUUUCCCUUAUAUAUCCAAGUCCCAAUUUUUCACAAUCUAAUUCAUUUGGAGAUAUUCUUCUGCAACUUUAGGGGUAAACCUUGGGAUGAGAAGUGGAAGUGGAUGCUGGAAAUGCUUCAACAUAGUCCCAAUCUUCAACAUCUUACCCUUCGUCAGGAAUUGAUAGAAGAUGGAAUUUAUACGAACAAUUGGCAGGACCCUGAAACUAUUCCGAAAUGUCUUUCAUCUCAGCUUAGAACUUGCUUACUUAAAGAAUGGAGAGGUAGAAAGUGUGAGCUUCAAUUUGCAGAAUAUGUUAUGCAAAACUCAAAAGUAUUACGUACCAUGAUAGUUCAGAGUGCAUCUUCCAUAGAUUCGAAUGCAAAGCAUCAAAUGUUAAGGAAAUUAGCUGUCUGUCCCAGGAGCUCUAGUAGCUGUAAACUUAUAUUUCAUUGA